UUUUAAAGGCAGUGCUUUAAUGCCUUUCUAGUUGCCGUGUUAAUAUUUCUUUCCGCGAUAUCCAACUUAUCUACGUGGGGGGUCAUUUAGCUCCAAGUAGAUCCGGAAAAUGUUGAUUCUCUCCUCUUCUUAUUGUGGUAUAAAAUGUUUUUUGUCUCAUUUCAUUUACAUUGGGAAAUAGAGAAACGAUCAUUGUGUUUUGUUAGUUUUAAAAACUUUUGAUAUAUUUGUAUUUUACAUUAUAAGCAGUCAACCGAUUGACAAACUAGAAUUAUUUGAAUUCCGUAUGGAAAGAGGUCGGGUUAAUUUCGAGUGUUAUCUGCAAUCUAGAUGUUUAUAAAUCAUUUCAGUCGUUGAUAUAAUAAUUAAAGGUCGACUGAACAUGAAUUAUAUUAUACAAUUUAAAGCGCAUUUCUGUUUAUGCACGCGAACCCGUCUAACGUUAUUGUUAUUUCGCAGUUAUAUAAAGUAGCAAAUUAUCGUUCCUGAAUAGGUGGCGCCGUGGUAGCCGAUCCUGUACUUCAACUUCCGGUUUCUGCACUGUGCAACUAUUACAGUUGCAUUUUUAAUUAACGAUGCCAAGUACUUGUUGUUGUGUACCUGGAUGUCAUUUAAGAGGAGGACAUGCAUUUCCAAAUGACUUAAAAAGAAGGAAAAGUUGGAUCAACGCCAUGGCCCAUACGCAGAUUGGACGAGAACACGAUGAAAUCGUGGAGUCCAUCUCAAUCAGCUGUUGUUUGCAAGGCACAUUUUACUGAAAAAGACUACGUGCAGGAAACUAUUCAUGGGCACAAACCCACCGUACAGAGACUUAAGUCUACUGCCAAUCCCAGCCUAUUUUCCUGGACCAAGCAAGAGACUGAAUCGUCUGCAAAAAGAAAAAUCAGGGCAGUUUCCUGUGAAAACAAAAGAACUAAACUUGAUGAAUAUUGUAGUAGAAAUCUAGAGGAAAGUUUUGAUUGUAAAGUUGGUUUUCCUGAAGAAGUAAUUCAUACUGCAGACAGGAUUUAUGACUGUCCACCACCAACUGCCGAGCUAAUGUUGAGCUUCACAGAUGGAAUUACGCAAACACCAUCAAUGCCUAUAUUUUCAGCAGAGAAUUUUGAAAUGAAGACCCGUGACACAGCCAUGCAUUUUUAUACCGGUUUAGAGUUGUAUACUAAAUUUUUAUUUGUUUUGACCACACUUGGUCCAACAGCACAUUGUUUGAGAUACAUAUAUUUUCAAAUUGAUAGGGUGUCAUUUGAAAAUCAGUUUUUUUAUGACUUUGAUGAAAUUGAUGCAUUAUACAACCAACUUUGAACUGUCUAGAUUCUAGAUUGAAACUAGUGUUAAGAAUAUUGUGUAAACAUGGAUUGUUUUUAUGUCUAAACAGUGGCGUGAGGCUAACACUUGGCCAUUUAGUGGUUUAGUCAGGUAUUUUUCGCCAUCCAACUUAGAAUUAAAGUUUCCUACAACUUGGAUUAUCAUUGACAGCACAGAAUAUCCCGUGAUAAAACCUAAAGCUCCUAGAGCUCAGGCAACCUUUUCAUCAUAUAAAAACAGAAACUCUGAAAAUACUUGUAUGUUCGACACCUGGUGGUUUAGUCAACUAUGUCUCUAAUGCAUAUGUUGAUUGUACCAGUGACUGUGAAAUAGUUGAAAGAUGUAGAAUAGUUCAAUUAUGUGAUCCAGGUGACAGUGUGAUGGCAGACAAAGGUUUAAAUGUGCAAGAUUUGUUUGCUCACUUUUUUCAAAAAAAGAAACAGAAUUAGUUCCAAAACUCUUAUACGGGAUAGAAAAGUCUCCAAUUAACACGUGCACAUAGAGCUAAUUAUUGGACUUGGCAAAACACAAAAUUCUAAUAAAUCCUAUGAAUGGAACUGAAACAAAACUUUCAUCUGAAAUAACAUUUAGUUGUUUUAUGUUGUGUAAUUUUAGAACUUGUAUUGUGCCAAAGGAUGCAUAAAUAAAAGUGACGCAAUGAAGUUUGUUCUGAUAUAUAUAUACAAAUAUUAUUUACAAUUACAUGCACAUGUAAAUUGUAAUGCAUAUAAAAAUAAGGAGAUGUGGUAUGAUAUUCAGUGAGUUUAUCGAACCAAAGUGCAUAAGAAAUGGGUUAAGCAGUUACAGGUGUUACUGUCACCAUACAAUCUCCAACAAUUAGAAAAACUUGUACAUGUAAAA